AUGCCUCGAGCGCCAGCCGCGGCGGCUAAGCGACAGCAGCUGACCUUCAGUCAGCUUGCUUUGUACGAUGACAUUCUGACGGAUGCCCUCGUCGACCAUGUCUACUACUGGACGACGGUACCGAAAAAUCGGCCGUCUUACCGUCCCUCACGCGGGAUACGGGAGGAAGAGAUCGCCAAAAUCAUCCAGACGCAUCUCAUCGUCAAUCCUGAUCUCGCGAUCGCCGAGGAGGCGCUGCUGGCCACCGAGGGCCUGAAGAAGUUCUGCAACUCGUUGAAGACGGCCAAGGAGAAGGACGACUUCAAGGCCCACUUGCGGCGUUACAUGUCCAUGUACCUGCCCGAUUGCCCUUUUGAGGUCAAUGCGACGAAUCGUUACACCAUCAGCACGUACGAGGCGAGCAUCACGGCGCGCCGCCCCAUCAAGCGCAACGAGGUCAUCAAGUACCUGGCCGGCAUCCACGUCACGGUUACCCCGGAGGAGGAGGCCCAGCUGGCCGUGUGGGGAAAGGACUUCAGCCUCGUGGUGAGCAGCCGGAGCAAGCUCACCGGCCUGUUGAUGGGGCCCGCGAGGCUCGCGAACCAUGACUGCGCGGCAAAUGCCAGGCUCGUUACGCGCGGCCAGGCAGGGAUCGACAUCGUCGCAUGCAGGGACAUCGCGGUGGGCGAGGAGAUCACCGUCACGUACAGCGAGAGCUAUUUCGGAGAGAACAACUGCGAGUGCCUGUGCCAGACGUGCGAGGACAACCUGGCAAACGGCUGGAGGCCCCAGGACGGCGAAGCUUCGGUUCAGAAAAGCAUCGAGGAAGACUUGGCCGUUGCCGGACAGGGCUACUCCCUGCGCCGGCGGAGACGGGACGAUAGCUCUAGCUGCGCUGGGUCCCGGAGCUCGUCGGUUACUCCUGAUAUCCGUCCGCGCAUUCUCAAGGGGGCGAGGAGUCAGAAGAUGCUAGGGGAUAGAGCGUCAACGACCGAUUCCGCUGAUCCAGACCGGCCGGACGCGUGCGGCGCCACGGGGAAACGCAAGAGGGGUGCGGCCGCACUUGACACUCCCCCAGUCACACCUGCUAAACGGGUCAAAACCACUCACCACGAGAUCCUUCCCAUUCCAUUGCCGCCUGCUAUGACCAGAGGAAGCUCGACAACAGAGCUUUCGCGCCUCUCCGUGUCGUCGGAAGAAGGGAGCGGGAAUUUUACGGAAGCGACCUCACCAGGAUCGGAGAAGCCUGGCGUUCCCACGUGUAUCCCGUCGCCGGACCUGUCGCCCGUCAAACAGGUGGCUGAGGUGGGCAGCCCUCCGGGCGACCAGCGGCUUCUGGAGCCUGUCGCCGGUGUCUCUGAUGAUGGCGGAUCGCAGGCGGUUCUUCCCACGACAGAACUCAAGAAGCCGGGAGAAGACGCCGGAGAAGACCAGGACGUGCCCCGCACGGCCACUUUGACGGAAGAAACCCAGCCCGUUGCGCAAUUGGUGCCGGCCGCGACACCGGCGGCGAAAUCCAUGACAAGUUCAACCCUGCCCUCUACGCAGCCAGCACGGAGGCGCCGGGUGCCCGGCGACUACACACUCACGCCACUCCUCCUCUCGGAGCCCGAGACGGCGUGGAUUCACUGCACCAACUGCGGCGGUGCGUUUGUCCAGAAGGACGCCUAUUACACCCGGUCAAACUGCGGCCGCUGCGAGCGCCACUCCAAGCUUUACGGCUACGUGUGGCCCAAGACGGCUCCCGCGGGCAAGGCCGACAAGGAGGAGCGGGUGCUCGACCACAGGACCAUCAAUCGGUUCCUGGCCCCCGAAGACGAGGCCAGGGUGCGUGGCCGGAAGCAUUGGAGGGAGCGGCUUGGGCGGAGCGCCGAGUCGACGGAGAAGUGA